AUGGGCACGGUGCUCUCCCUCUCCCCCGCCGCCUCCUCGGGCAAGGGCGGCGGCGGCGGCGGGGGGCUGCUGGCCGAGAAGGCGUCGGGAAGGGUGCCGGGCAAGGGCGAGAGCCGGCUGAAGCGCCCCGGCGUGCUCAUCUCGGCGCUGACCUGGAAGCGGCUGGUGGCCGUCUCGGCCAAGAAGAAGAAGAGCACCAAGAAGGUGACGCCGAAGCCCGGCGGCGGGGCCCCGGGGGGGCCCCCGGGCCAGCCCGACCCGCUGGUGGUGCAGCGCAACCGCGAGAACUUGCGCAAGUCGGUGGCGGGGCCGGCCGACGGCGCCAAGCAGGGCCCGCUGGCCGUGCCGGUGCCCACGGUGCCCUCGGCGCCGCAGGAGCUGCACCCGGGCUCCGGCGGGGGAAAGCCGCCGCCGCCGCCGGCCGGCAGCCGCCCCCCGGGGUCCCCGCGCCGCGUGGUGGUGCAGGCGUCCACCGGCGAGCUGCUGCGCUGCUUGGGGGACUUCGUGUGCCGCCGCUGCUACCGCCUGAAGGAGCUGAGCCCCGGCGAGCUCAUCUCAUGGUUUCGCAGCGUGGACCGCUCGCUGCUGCUGCAGGGCUGGCAGGACCAGGGCUUCAUCACCCCGGCCAACCUGGUGUUCGUCUACCUGCUGUGCCGGGAAGCGCUGCGGGGCGAAGACAUCGGGAGCCAGGCCGAGCUGCAGGCCGCCUUCCUCACCUGCCUCUAUCUCGCCUACUCCUACAUGGGCAACGAGAUCUCCUACCCGCUCAAGCCCUUCCUGGUGGAGGGAGACAAGGGGCGCUUCUGGGAGCGCUGCCUGGGCAUCAUCCAGCGCCUCAGCGCCAAGAUGCUGCGAAUCAACGCGGACCCGCACUACUUCACGCAACUCUUCCAGGACCUCAAGAGCGAGGGCGAGGGCGGAGACGGGUCCAAGCACUGGACGAUCAGCCUGGACCGUUAGGGAGGUACCGGGCCCCCGGCGCCGGGGGCGGAAGGGGCCGCGCACCGAGGGGCGGGGGAGGCGAAGGACUGUCGGAUUCCACCCCCUGCCCCCGCAUCCUCCUCGCCUUCCCCCUUCCCCAGCCGUCAGCUCCACGGAGACGCUGCUUGGACCCUCCCCGCUCCGGAUCCGGCUGCCCUCCUCCCCCGCCUCCGACCCCAGCUGGGGGCUGCGCUCCGGAACACCGAGGCGGCGGUGAAGACCGGGGAGGGGGUGUGCUGUCCCUCCCACCUUCGCCCAGCGGGGGAGGGGGAUGCUGCGGAGGAGCGGAGGCUCCUGGAUGCGUGUUCUCUAGAAAAAAGGGGUGAAAAAAUGGAUGUGGGGGCUGGGGGCAGGAGGGCUCGGGGGGGUAUUUUGG